GAGCUAGCCAUGCCGUCGAAAGUGUGUUAUUUUCAUCCAGCUGUUAGGUCUUCUGUGUUCGGGCUUCCUACGGACGCUGUAGUUCGUCAACAAUGGCUACAAUUUAUGUUUGAUAAUGUUUCUGACAAUUACAAUCGUAAUUUAGCUCUUUGUGCGGCACAUUUCACUGAAGACAGCUUCCAGAAUCUCCACCAAUUCAAUGCCGGAUUCCACAAGAAACUGUUGCUAAAACCUGAAGCUGUUCCAACGUUAAAACCAGAUGCAGCAGUUGUUGGGCCACAACCUUCUACAUAUCAGCAAGGUCCAAGCACCCAAGAGUUUCUUAAUAUAUCUACAAGUGUUGAAGUUGGAUGUCAGACAGACCCUAUGAAGUCAGAAAGUGUGGCCACAGAGAUAUCGCCAAACAUGCGAUCAGUGGCCACACAACUUUCUACUGGCACAAUGAGGGUUUUUCACGCAAAGAGCAGAGGAAUUCAGGCAACAGUUUCUACUCAAAAUAUUGGUACAGAAACAACUGUCAUGUUGCAAGAUAUGCAUCUGUCUUUGACACCAAUAAAAGGCUCGAUGUUCAGACCAAUAAAGAGACCUCGUCUGGUAUUGGAGGAGGAGGAGGAGGAGGAGGAGGAGGAGGAAAAGGAUGACACUGAAUCACAAGUACAAGUGGAACCACAAGACUCGACAUAUAACCCAGAGAGUACUGCCACUGAGGAAUCUGAAUUGUUGUAA